UGAAGGAUGGCAAAGUCGACCCGCUCAUUACAAAGAAACUGUCUCUACAGAGGAGCACGCUCGCAACAGCAAGAAUGGAGAUAAAAGUGUCCGUGGAUGGAAUUCCGCGUGUAGUCUGCGGGAUCACAGAGCAAACAACAUGCCAGGAAGUUGUCAUAGCUUUGGCUCAAGCUCUAGGACGCACUGGACGCUACACAUUGAAGGAGAAGUUCAAGGAGUAUGAACGCAAUGUAACGCCGGAAGAGCAUCUCCUGGAGUCAUUAAGGAAAUAUGGGGAACAGGUGCGAGAGGUUCACCUCACGCUCCACCACAACGGGCCCUCUGUGGGUGAAGCAGGCCCUGGUGCCAACUCAGUCCAACUGAGGAGUGGCCGCUACCAGAGUGGGAGUGGUGCCCAGCUGAGGCGAGCCCACAUAGGAGGCCAUGGUCACCGUGCCAGUGAGGGGAGGAGCCUGAACCGCCAGAGCCUCCCACCCCUGUCCCGUCUGAGGUUCCACUCGGAUGCCGCAGCUGAAGAACCCAAGAAGCCGAAGAGGAAGUCCUUAACACUGAUGGAGGAAGCUUGGGGCUGGCUGGAGAGCCUGGGCCGCAGUGGUAAACAGCAGUCAGGGCUCAGAGAUAGGGCCAAAGGCAGAGAUGACAGCAUUUGUGGUGGCACUAGCGGUGACAUGGAGAACCGGCUCUCUCAAAGCAUUUUUGACCCAACAGCCCAGGUAAUUCCCCCUUUGCCACAAGGGAGGAAUAGGAGGGAUAGAGGCCAGGCGUAUGAGGUGCCUAAGGUCAUUAGUUGCCUUGGGACUCAAAGCAGUGAUGAUCAGGUGGCUGACAAGAAGAGGGGAGCGGACACCAAGGCACAGAGGUGCAAGAAGAAAGACCUGCAGGCCAAUCUGCCUUUCCUGAGAGUGGACGAACUGCACAUCAAGGCCAACCAGGAGGUCGAGGAAGAGAAAGAGGAGCUAAGGAAGCUUAUUCUCUGCCAGCAGUCUUGUCUCCUGGAGCUCCAGAUGCAGGUAGACACAACUGAUGGUCAGAUCAGUGAGCUGGAGGUGCAGCAGGCAGAGGAGCAUGCUGCCCAGCAGAGUGCAGAGGCCCAGCUUCAUCUACUUGAGGAGGAAGCUGAGCAACUGGACUUCUGGGAGAAUGAGCUGAAGGCUGAGGAGGUGUUCGAGAGGGAUCUACUGCAGCAGUUUCUGGAGCUGAAGGAGAAGGCAGCCGAGUGCAAGGCCAAGCUCCAGGAGUACCAACGCAAGCUUGAGGGGGUCAACUUCAGCAACAGUCUAUCAAGCCUUUUCCCACAACGCGAGGUUGGUCCAAAGCAAGACUGUCCAACAGAAAGACCAAACAGUCGCACCAGACACUCUACAUUCCAACAAGCUGUCCGCAACACAGAAAGUGGUGAAGGGACUUGUCCAAAACACACUGCGGGAAAGUCAGAGGGACCGCCAGUGGCCACUAAGCCUCCUCAUGUCUUUGUCGCCCCGGUUCAAGCUUCAGACUCUAGGAUGAGCGAGAGGAGCCAGCUCAGGGAGUGGUGGGCAAGAUGGUCUGCUGGACAGGGCUCCACGGCAGGGACCAAACCCAAAACCCUCCAUCGCUCAGAGAUCACCAUACAACUGAACAGCACCCGGGUGUGACGGACAGGAGUUCAUGGACACGCAGAUACUGUACAGCUCGUUUAGGUUCAGAACACCAUUUGCUCACGACAUCUUGUGAAACACUCGCUUAAAGAAGGGUAUGUAUGUAUUUGCCUAUUCUAAAACCUGACUACACCUUUGAGAUGACAAAACAAAACAAUAGGUGGCACAGCUUUUAAAAUAUCUAAAGUAUAGAUAUAGUUACAGCACAUUUAGUUCAAUACACAGAGUAGAUACAUCCCUGUGGCAUACCAUAGUGUAACCUGCUGCAUACCAAUGAAUUGUGACCUCUGACUGAUUAGUGCAGCAGGUUAGUCAUGCAGCAGCAGGUAAUGAAUGUCUGGGUUCAUUGAACUCAACAUGGAACUUCAGAACAUUACAAUUAUACAAAGCCAGAUAUUUCUCAUCACAACCAUUUAAUGGUUGGUGAACGGAAUGUUUUGUUAGAAUUAUUUUCAAAACUCCCCUGAAGACAUGGUGGGAUGUCUGGCUAUCGGUGUGAAGCCCUUUAUUUAAUUCACACUCAAUACUUUUGGAACUUGACGCAACGCUGUCCUAUUGCACUUUUAAAGAAUACUUUUGUGUUUUAUUUGUUUGAGUGUUGUACUUUGAGAGCAAAGUUAAAUCAGAGUCAAAUUCCUUGUUUGAUUACACAAACCUGGCCAAUAAAGCUAAUUCUGAAAAUGUUGCUUAUUUGCCGUCUAACCCCUCCAGUUAGGUAACUAACUCAAUAAGCAAAUAAGCCAAUAUCCCAAAACUUUGGUGUGUUACUUUAAAGUGUACAUUCAUUUUAUUGCAGUGAACUUAGUGUUGAGUUUCCUCAUCAGUAUACCAAACCAUGUUUAACAAAUCGGUCAUGUCAUACAUAGUCCAUUUCAUUUUCAAGUCAUGAACAUAUACAUUUAUAAACGUAAUUGUCAAACUUUGCUAUUUUUACCAAAUGCAUGUGUUUUAUCAGCAGUAUAAAUGCCAUGUGACAAUUUAAAUAAAAUCUAAUGAGAAAUAAGUAUCAUUGAAAACAAUCCUCUGUAGGAACCAUUUGACAGACCAAAUAUAAAAAGGCACAGGCAACAGAUAUUCUUUUCAUAAAACGUUUAUUUCAAUUUUUUUUUCAUUCAAGACCAUUAACAAAAGUAUAUAGGGGAGACCCCAUAUGCAGUUAAACUGGAGCUCAACAUUCUCCAGCUUAAAUUCAACUGACAGUCAGACAGCUCCAUGUGUCUUCUGAAGCACAGCAAAUCCCCACCAAUGCCUCUUAAACCACACUUAUUGAAAUCCUUAUGAUUUUGGUGUGUGUUUUCGAUAUCAUCUUCAGCCACCCUUUCCUUUCUGUUGUUCCUCAUUAUCAAAGUCAUGUUGUGAUGUUUAGAUUUCCCACUAAGCGAAAGCACACAUUACAUACAGUAUAUUUUUCACCAACCAGAGUGCAUACUUGUAUUAUUUCUACUGGAAACAGAAGCCAUCCUAUCAUUGUUUUUUUUUUGUUUUGUUUUGUUUUGUUUUAUUAUUUUUUUGGCGGUUGGCUGGGGUUUGAGGAUAUAUCUAAUUUUUUUGUUGUCAUUUCGUUUAUCAUUUUAGGCACCUUAUUCUUACUUUAGUUAUUUUAUAAGCAGACAUUUUGAGUUUAAAUAGAACAGAGAAAGCAAAAGAUGUGCAAAGAAAAAAAAGUACAUUGUAUAAAAGUACUGAUGAAUAAAAGAUGCCAUUUGGAAUUCUGCACCUGGGAAAGGAAGGUUUGGAUAGGGGAGCCUGGGAACACCUAAAGGCAUCAGAAGGUUCCAGAAAUCCAACCAAAAUCAGAAACUCAAAACCAAACUUGAAAUGAGACGAUCGGAAAAAUAUAAUAAUAAUAAUAAUAAUAAUAA